CUGGGGGCUCCCACACACUUGCUCCCUGUGGAUGAUGGGUGACGAAAGACUCUCUGAACACCCCGAACCCAUGGAAGUUCUCAACACCUAUUUGGGAGACAAUCUGCAGCCCCACCCAGGAGUGCACCCCAGGGAAACAAGCAGCCAUCUGGACCCACCCAAACCUCUCCCGGAACAGCCCUGGCCAUCUGACCCUCCUGAUUCCAUGAGGCAAGAUGCUGCCCCCCCAGGCCCUGGUGCAGAGCCCCAGGGCCUGGGGAGCCCGUCUCCCCAGAGGGGUCCACAGCAGAGCCAGAGCACGUCGACCCAAGUGGUGUUCUGGGCGGGCAUCCUGCAGGCCCAGAUGUGUGUCCUGGACCUGGAGGAGGAGCUGGAGAAGACUGAGGAGCUCAGGGCCGGCCUGAGGUCCUGCAUCCCCAGGGCCCCUGCGGACUGCCCCCCUUUCUCCUCCAGCCUGGCCAGCCCCCUGGACUCAGGCCUCCACCCCAGCCCACCCACGCAGGAGGCCUCUGGGGAAGACUGCCAUAGACCUGAGGGAGAGAACCAGGCCUCCGGGCGGCCAGGGAAGGAGACACCAGGCUCCUCCCCAGAGUGGGGUGCUGAGGAGGAGAGCACGUUCUUUGAUAACCCCCUCUUCCUGGGGAGCCCUUGCUCAGACACUGGUGCUCCCAGAAAGCACUUUUCCUGGCGGUGCCCAGACUCCUGCGCUGAUGGGAAGCCUGAGAGCCCACAGACCCUGGAGCCUCCUCUUCCAGGAGGCAGGGUGCCAGGGGGACUGGGAGAUGAGCCAGACUCGGGGGACAGCAUGGAUGAUUCCAGCGGGCACACCACCCCUCCGUUCCCUGUGCCCACCUACAAACCGCACUCCUCCUCCCGGGCUGCGCUGGACACCACCCACCCGGCUCCAGCAGCACCUCCUGGCCUGGGCGAGAGUGAGGCUUCUCUGGCGACCAGUCUUGAUCCUGCAGCAUGCUGUGUGGACAAAGCAUUGACCUGGGAAGCAGGAUAUAUCAGAUGUGAUCCCAGCCCUGCCGCCUUUCCAGUGCAACCUUCGGCCCUGUCUAGUCCUGAGGACUGGCAGACCGAACAGCGUCCUUCCUGGCCCCGGGUGCCUCUUAUCUCCCAGGACAGAGACAAUAGAGAUGCCGAGUGUCCCCAGGAAUCUGCUCCCUGUACCCUGGCCUCUGGCCCCUGGUGGGGCCCAGACUCGUCACCGGAGCCCAGCAGCCCCGAGCCUGACAGCAGAGGCCCCAGCGGCCCCCGGCCCAGCCCUGUGUCCUCCCGGGAGGGCAGCCCUCAGCCCCAGAGCUGCCACACCAGCAGCGUCUUCCCCACGUGGACAUUAGAGACUUCCUAUCCUUCACUCCUGGAGACAGAUAGCACAAAGCCAAGUUCUGUGGAGAGAGAGGAGGCCAGAGAGGCCCCAGGCCCAGGGGAGGAAGUGAAGUGCGAGGGCCCUGCUGCCGCCGCAGACUCCAGAGCUGUGCAGCCCGAUGUUCACCUGACUUCUUCAGGGGGGCUUCCUGAGGACCCCGUGCCCCAAGUGAAGUCCCCAGAGGAAGGCCAGAGGCCACAGGCCGCAGACAAGCUGGCUAACGGCAUCAGGACCAGCCAGCUGGCCUGGGACCUGGCCUCCCGCCUCUAUCGCCUGGAGGGUUUCCGGAAGUCCGAAGUCGCUGCACACCUGCGAAAGAAUGAUGACUUCAGCAGGGCUGUGGCUCAGGAGUACCUGACGUUCUUCCAGUUUGGUGGCCAGAGCCUAGACCGUGCCCUCCGGAGCUUCCUCCAGGCCCUGGUUCUCAGUGGGGAGACCCAGGAGCGAGAGCGAGUCCUCUACCAGUUCUCCAGACGCUUUCAUCACUGCAACCCCGGGCUCUUCUCCUCAGUGGAUUCCAUACACACCUUGACCUGUGCCAUCAUGCUUCUGAACACAGACCUGCAUGGACCGAACAUUGGGAAGAGCAUGAGCUGCCAGGAAUUCAUUACCAACCUGAACGGUCUGCAGGAUGGUGGAAACUUCCCCAAGGAACUGCUGAAGGCCCUGUACUGGUCCAUCCGAAGUGAGAAGCUUGAGUGGGCUGUGGACGAAGAAGACACAGCCAGGCCUGAGAAGGCCCAGCCAUCACCCCUAGUUGGCAAGAUGAACAACCCCUUCCUCCAGCUGGCCCAGGACCCCACGGUGCCCACCUACAAGCAGGGCAUCCUGGCUCGAAAGAUGCAUCACGACGUGGACGGCAAGAAGACACCAUGGGGCAAGCGUGGCUGGAAGAUGUUCCACACUUUGCUUCGAGGGAUGGUCCUCUACUUCCUGAAGGGAGAGGACCAUGGCGCCGAGGGGGAGAGUUUGGUGGGGCAAAUGGUGGACGAGCCUGUAGGGGUGCACCACUCGCUGGCCACGCCAGCCACCCACUACACCAAGAAGCCACACGUCUUCCAGCUGCGAACUGCUGACUGGCGCCUCUACCUCUUCCAGGCACCCACCGCCAAGGAGAUGAGCUCUUGGAUUGCGCGAAUCAACCUAGCCGCCGCCGUCCACUCCGCGCCGCCGUUCCCGGCAGCCGUGGGCUCCCAGCGCCGCUUUGUGCGGCCCAUCCUGCCCGCGGGCCCCGCCCAGAGCUCCCUGGAGGAGCAGCACCGAUCCCACGAGAACUGUCUGGACGCCGCCUCCGACGACCUGCUGGAUCUGCAGAGGAACUUACCUGAGCGGCGGGGUCGCGGCCGGGAGCUGGAGGAAUACCGCUUGCGGAAGGAGUACCUGGAGCACGAGAAAACCCGCUAUGAGAUGUACGUGCAGCUGCUGGUGACCCGUCUGCACUGCUCCUCAGAUGACCUGGACCAGUGGGAGGAGCAGUUGGGGAGGGAAGCUGGAGGCACCCAGGAACCCAAGCCCAGCCUGAAGAAGUCCCACUCAAGCCCAUCUCUGCACCAGGACGAGGCCCCCACCACAGCCAAGGUGAAACGCAACAUCUCAGAGCGCAGAACCUACCGGAAGAUUAUCCCCAAGCGGAACCGCCAUCAGCUAUGAAGCAGACUUUGGCCCCUGCUCUGGGGUGGAUAUGGGA